GCACCAGGGCCACCUGCCCAGAUGAGGAGAGUAAAGUGCCGUUGGGGCUUCCAAGAGAGCGGUUCGAUGGGUCACACACUCCAGCUACUAAUGAGACUUGUUCUACUCUGGCUACUGACAGGAAACCUGCAGAGUGCAAGCCUGUCAGAGACAUUGAAACCUCAAGAGAAGCCACAGUCAAAGGUGAAUCUGACCCGGCAGGAGGCGGGUCUGGAUCAGGAGUGCCUGCCACCGAGAGGAGAGAAUGAAACACGUCCAGAUGAUCGGCACAUGAACAGCCAUGAAGCAGACCUUCUUAGAGCAGGUGACGUGACAGCAUUGUCCAAUGACUCUGUGUUGAGCAUGGCAGAUGAUGUCAAUCUUAACAGAAGUUCCCAGGAUACGGUCAGAUCUCCAGGACUUUCGAAGGGAUGUAUAACGAAGGUUAGUAGUCUCCUAGUUAAAACAGAGACAGUGGCCACGCCACCUCUCACGCCAGCAAACAUAGUGUUGACAAAGCCAACUAUAGCUCAUGAGCUGACCACAACAGCACCCAUGAUAGUUUAUACGUAUUAUUAUGGUGAUCAGGUUCAACGACCAACAAGCCGUAGACGCUCUAGAGAAGCUACAGUGACUCCAAGUAUGAACGGAACUCAGAGUACUGCAGCUAAAGGUGGUCAUCAGAAUGCAAGCACCCCAAAGCCCCUUCUGUUAAGUACAAGGGUACCCCCAGAGGAGGAUAGCCAGAAUGUAAGUGUUCAAGAUAAACGAGUGGUGGUUGAUCUAAAUUUCACAGGUUAUGUUGACCUUUCUGACGGGUCAGAUGGUCAACAGGGGGGUGAGAGUGAGCAGUAUGAUCAGAAUAAGACAGGGCUACACGUGAGGAGUUUUGGGAAAGUACAAGAGAAACUCUGGUUAAAAGCUAAUCACAAUAGUUGGUACAAGUGGGCGUGGUUUACAGCUAAAGAUUUAACAUCAAAAGAGUGCGUCCUCUGUUCUGCAACACCAGGUUCAGUCCCUGUAGUUGUGCCAGAGAAACACACGUUUGAAGAUUGUGCAAGAAUGCAGCAGCAGGAAUGUAGAGAAGGUCGAUUUGUCCCACCAACGCGGGUAAUGUCACUUUUCAAACUCCCUAUGUGUGCAAUUCAGUGCAGAUUAAUGCAUGGAUAUCAGGAUAAUCUAAACUAUCUAAGCAGGAAACA